AUUAUCCUCCUAUUGACUUUAAUGAUGAGGGGGUUGGCAAAUUGACUUUUCCUCCUAGUAAGCAUGCUCUAUUGAUUUGUGUUUCAUUUUACAAGUAAUAUUUAGGACUUUAGACAUCAUUCAUAUCAAACAAGAUAUGUUUUUCAAGUGCUGUUACAUUAGCUGAGCGUACUAAAGAAAAAGAGUUAGUUGUCAUAUGAUGGUCCGCACGUUGGUCCAAGAGUUGAAUAUAAAACUGUACGAGUCAAGGCAUCAUCACAAACCACAUCACUACACAAUAUGGGCAUUCACACAUUGCGAUGUAAGAGUGGAAAGAAAGUUAGAGAUGUCUUAUUGGAUGAGAAAGCAACAGAGAAGGCCAAGAAUCCACCUCGAGGGACAAGGCGGCGCAUAAAGAUCAUUCUGACGAGAAAGCAGCUCGAGCUGCUACUACUGAAUAGUGCAGAAGGCGUUUCCUCUAAGCUCCCAAAGACUUAUGGUAGCUGCAAGCGGAAAUGGAAGCCAUCUUUGCAGACAAUAGUAGAGAAACCAUCUCAAUCCCCAUCCUCACAAGCUGCAUUCAUCAUAGUUCUUAGCUUCAACAUAUCUCUCUCUCUGGAUCAACAAGAAAUGGAGAUUCAAGCAAGACUAAUGGAGUACAAGUUCCAUGUCAUGAUCACAAUCAUCGUGAUCGUGGUUCUGUCGUCCCUCGUGUACGCAGCACCGAGAAUCCUCGACAUAUUAGCUUACUUCUGGCCUCUGUUUGCGUCAACGGCCGCCUUCUUAGCAAUGGCAAUCACCUCCGGCGGCUUUCAACAGCUCUCAGAUGAAGCUACCGGCGAGGGAAUCAUGGAUUACGUCGCCGGACGGCCUGAAGAUUCUUACAAAUAUAAUUAAAAGAUUUGUACCCAUCUCCUAAGUCUAACAAUGUACAAAGUUGAUCCCUUUAUGUCAAAUAAAAUGUUGAUUGAUUAUAAGACUAUGCAGAAACAGAGUAUCAAUGACCAUAACAGAGUAUUAUUAAUGAAA